AUGAUGAAGCCAAUUCCUUCGAUUGAAGAUGUCUUUAAUAUGGUGGCUCAAGAUGAACGCCAGAAAUCGAUCAAGCCAAGCUCGCGACAGGACAACGUUGUUUUCCAGAACUCUGGCCCUCAUGAUGAUACUCAAUCUUUGUCAUCUGAGACUCUUGCUGAUAAUGCUGCGUUUGCUACUCAGUACAACAAUGGUUAUCGUCCUCGCCAGCGUCCAAUUUGUACCCACUGUGGUCAAUUGGGUCAUGUUGUUCAGAAGUGCUUCAAGCUUCACGGAUAUCCUCCGGGUCACAAGUUCCAUACAGCUUCUGGUCAACAACAGUCUCAGACGUCUCGUGGUCAACAAUCUCAGUCUGUGCAUUCACAGAACCGUUCUCAGGCUCAAGGUUAUCAGAAAUCCAACACUGUUGCAAAUGUGAUUUCUGGUCCUCUCUAUAUGCCAGCUCCGGCCACGAAUGCGAUCAAUAUUGACUUGAGUCAACUCAACACCGAUCAAUUCCAGACUUUGCUUCAACAGCUCCAAAGUCACGUUAAGCCUCCUGAGUCUCAUGUUCCCGUUCAACGCGCGUCUAUCACUGAGGGAGGUCAUAUGGCUGCUGAAUCGUCUGCUGGUAUCGAGUCUACUCAGGGCUUGAUGAUUGGUAGAGGAACUCUCAUCAACAACUCUAUAUUCUUCAAGUCACUGCUAAUUCUCCUUCAAAUUUCUGUGGAUCCUUGCAUGAUGAUGGUCUUCUUUGGCAUCAGCGCCUUGGCCAUCCAUCUUCUGCCAAGUUACAACAUCUUUCUGCUCAGCCCUUUUGAAAUUUUGGCAAAGAAAACCCCUGAUUACUCUUUUCUACGUUCUUUUGGUUGUCUUUGCUAUGUUUCUACAUUGCCUAAAGAUCGUCAUAAGUUUUCCCCUCGGGCUGAUGCUUGUGUUUUCUUGGGUUAUCCAUCCGGUUGCAAAGGUUACAAAGUUUUACAUCUUGACACCAAUCUUAUUUCUAUUAGUCGAAAUGUGGUCUUUCAUGAAACUGUUUUUCCUUUUAAAAAUGAUUCUUCUAAUGUUUCCCCUGAUGUGUUUUCGAAAACGAUUUUACCCUUACCAAUUCCGGUUGGCCUUGACUUUCAUUCACCGGUUUCUAACAUUGCUCCUAUUGCACCUGAUUCUCAUGUUGUUCCUGCUGCAUCUCAUGUUCCUGCUGCAUCUUCUGUUCCUGCUGAUUCUCAUGUUUCUGAUGCAUCGCAUUCAUCUCAUGCAUCUGCAUCACGCUCUAAUGCCACAUCUAUAUCACGAGAGACUGUUUCACAGGGCACAGGACAGAGUCGGCUUCUCAAUAACAUGUCACGACCUAAACGUGCGCCUAAGGCUCCUGGUUACUUAUCUGAGUACCACUGUUCCCUCACUCAAAUUUCUAAGCCUUUUGCUUCUCCUUUUGAUAUUCCUUCUCCUGAUUCUAUUCCUUCCACCACUGUCUACCCUCUCUCAAAUUGCGAUUUCUUCUCCACUAAGAGCUUCUGUUCAAGGUUCUUCAAACACAAAAUCAGGCCUCUCCAGAUCUCUAUCAGGAAUAGUCUUGAGUAUGAGCAAGGAGCUACUAAGUUUGUGUCUGUAUCAGUUAGAGGUUUGGGUAAUCCAGCUGCUUUGUUCUGUCCUUGCAUUGAUUGCCGCAAUGUUUGUCACCAAUCAAGCGAAACAAUCCUGGAACAUCUAGUGAUUAGAGGGAUGGAUCAGAAGUACAAGAGAAGCAAAUGUUGGAGUAAACAUGGUGAUACAAGAGAUGCUAAGAGCAGUGAUGUUCAGACGUCAGAGCAAGAGGCUUAUGAUCUGAUUAGGACAGCUUUUAUGGCAAAUGAGUUCAAUCAACCAUCUCAGAAACAGAAUGCGGAUGAGUUUGAGGAUACGGAGUGUGAUGAAGAAGUUGAGUUCAGAAAGAAAUUAGAGGACGCAGAGACUCCACUGUAUUCGACGUAUGAGAACUUUACCAAGGUUUCUGCAAUUAUGGGCCUCUAUAGAAUUAAAGUUAAGAGUGGUAUGUCUGAAAAUUAUUUCGAUCAGCUUUUGGUGUUAGUCAGUGACAUGCUACCUGAGGAAAAUGUGUUGCCUAAGUCCACAGAUCAGAUGAAGAAGUUUUUGAAGGUUUUUGGAUUUGGAUACGACAACAUUCACGCCUGCAAGAAUGAUUGCAUUCUCUAUCGGAAUGAGUAUGAGAAUUUAGUUAGCUGCCCACGAUGUAGUGAUUCAAGAUGGGAAAGAGAUAAACACUCUGGUGAGGAGAAGAAAGGAGUUCCAGCAAAGGUGCUCCGUUAUUUUCCGAUAAAAGAUAGACUAAGGAUGAUGUUCAGAUCAAAACGGUUGGCUCAAGAGUUGCGGUGGCAUUUUUCUAAUGCUACUACUGAUGAUACUAUGCGACAUCCAGUAGACUCGUUGACUUGGAUUCAGGCAAACGAUAAAUGGCCGGAUUUUGCUGCUGAAGCGAGAAACCUUAGACUAGGUCUUUCCACAGAUGGUAUGAAUCCAUUCUCUAUUCAAAACACCAAGUACAGCACAUGGCCAGUGCUUUUAGUCAAUUACAACAUGGGUCCAACGGAGUGUAUGAAAGCCGAAAAAAUUAUGCUGACAAUGUUGAUCCCUGGACCGACUGCGCCUAGCAAUAAUAUCGACGUCUACCUACAACCAUUGAUAGACGACCUGAAGGAUCUUUGGAACGAAGGUAUUGAGGUUUACGACUCAUUUAAGAAAGAAAGUUUUACUCUUAGAGCUAUGUUGCUGUGGAGUAUAACUGAUUAUCCCGGUUUAGGGACACUAGCUGGAUGUAAAGUGAAGGGGAAACAAGCUUGCAAUGUAUGUGGGAAGGAUACACCUCACAGAUGGUUAAAGUUCAGUAGAAAGCAUGUGCACAUGUGCAAUAGGAAGCGUCUAAGGCCUGGUCAUCCGUACAGAAGUAGAAAAGGAUGGUUUGACAACACUAUUGAGUCUGGGACUGCAAAUAGGAUUCAGAGUGGAGCAGAAAUAUUCCAGUGUCUAAAGGAUUUCCGGAAUGAUAUGCCUGUGCGUCACAAUAUUGAUGUCAUGCACGUGGAAAAGAAUGUAUCAUAUGCAUUGUUGUCUAUUCUAAUGCAUAACGGGAAAUCAAAAGAUGGCUUGAAAGCCCGUAAAGAUUUAGAAGACAUGGGAAUUCGAAGCAACUUACAUUCAGAGGUACGUGGGAAGAGGGCUUACUUACCUCCUGCUGCCUACUGGCUUUCUAGAGAAGAAAAGGUUAGAUUCUGUAGGAGAUUGUCAAAGUUUAGAGGACCUGAUGGCUAUUGUGCAAAUAUAUCUAAUUGUGUCUCUGUCGAACCUCCAAUUAUUGGAAGCAUGAAGUCGCAUGACCACCACGUACUGAUGCAGAAUUUGUUUCCUGUGGUCUUGAGAGGUUUACUGCCAAGAGGACCUCGGAUUGCAGUGACUAGACUCUGCAAUUACUUCAACAGACUUUGUCAGCGUGUUAUUGAUCCAGAGAAACUUGUGGCAUUAGAAGCAGAGGUCGUGGAAACACUGUGUCAACUGGAAAGAUUUUUCCCGCCUUCAUUAUUUGACAUAAUGUUUCACCUUCCAAUUCAUUUAGCAAGAGAAGCACGUUUAGGUGGACCAGUACAUUUUCGUUGGAUGUAUCCAUUUGAAAGGUACAUGAAGACAUUGAAGGCAUAUGUAAAGAAUUUUGCAAGACCAGAAGCUUGUAUGGCUGAAGGGUAUUUGUCUGGUGAAUGCAUUGCCUUCUGCAUGGAAUUUCUUAAGAAAUCCGUCCCGACACAUGAAUCAGUCAAUCGGAAUGAGGAUAUUGAGGCAGAUCAACCAGUCCUUGAAGGGCAACCACUACAGAAAGCUACGGAGGUGACGCUUACGGAUAAAGAGCGAGACAUAGCUCAUCGUUACAUCCUAAUGACUACAGCUAUACCAACAAACUCCAAGGAACAUUCGACAAGGCUUAGAUGGCUUGCUUUUGGACCAAGACGUGUUGCUCAGAGUUUCAAGGGAUAUGUUAUAAAUGGUCAUCGUUUCCAUACUGACGAUGUGAAGAGGAAGACACAGAACAGUGGUGUAUCUUAUGAAGCGUUUUCGAUGUGUAGAGCUAGUGCUAAGGAUAAUAGACAUAUGGCUGACAUCGUCACUUUCUAUGGAGUCAUAAAGGAGAUCAUCUUGCUGGACUACCACAUGUUCCAGGUUCCACUGUUUAAGUGUACAUGGGCCAACAAAGGAAAUGGAUUGAAAGAGGAAGACGGCUUUACGCUUGUGAAUCUCCAUAUGAACCAGUCGGCAUUCUUGCAUGAUCCGUACAUUCUUCCAUCACAAGCAAAACAAGUGUUUUACUCUAGAGAGGAUGAGUCUUCACCUUGGUAUGUCGUUAUGAGGGCGCCACCAAGAGGAUACCAUGAGUUAGAGACAGAAGAGGAACUUGUUUCAUCAACAUUAUCAGUUCAACAAAUUGAGGAAGAGGGAGACCCGUCGUCUGAUGAUGAGACCUUUUGCGUUAGAGAUGAUUGUGAAGGUGUCUUAGUUGUGGAUUAA